AAUACAAAUAUGGUCAUGAGUGGUCUUUCAACGGUUGAGGAAAUACAAAUAUGGUCAUGGUGAAUGGCACUACAACGGACGCGGAAAUACAAAUAUGGUUAUAAGCUAAUUUAUUUCAUGGUUUCCUGCUGGAUUGAUUAAGUCAUGAUGGCUAACGCAGAACAUGCGGAGUUGAAGUCUUCACUAUCCGAAGAAAAUGAUGCAUCCCAGACUCUGACAGAAUCAGAAACGAACACACAGAGUCUUGAAGCCAAUGCAAUGUCGCCCUCGUUCGGCGAUGAGAGGUGUCUCUCAGUUGAAAGUGCAGAAGGCAUAGAAACUCAGGAGAAGAGAAUAAUGGAUGAAAAAAUCUCUCCCAUUGAAAGGCAACUUGAAUACUUGCUGAACAAGGCGGAUGAGUUUCAAAAACAGCUUUUAUGGAGUCGAGAGUGCCUCCAGAAUUAUGGGUUUGCCCAUAUUGUCCCCAUGUUUUUGCAAACUUGUCAGCCGUACUUCACUUACCUGGAGUCCACAGCCAGAAACUCCAACCCCUUCCGUCCACCUCUGUCCACAUAUAUACGUGCACAACUUUUGCAGUUUUCUCAGCAACUGUGUUCUCGUCUGGAACAGCUGGUGUUGCUGUACGCCUCCUUCAGUUUCUUCUCACUCGAGGAAUCCGAUCCACUGAGUAUCUCUCACUUCUAUAUUGGCCAGUGUCAAAUAGACAACAUGAAGCUGUCAAUCUUCCGGUAUUGUUGCCCUACUCCCUUUCUUGCAUCAGCCAGUACAAGCCUAUACAAACGUAUGCGCUGGAAUGUGGAGCGACAGAUAGAGGGAGAAGGAGAAGGACAGACAUAUGACAGUGCAGAGUUUUACUUCCUGUGCUGUGAGGAUGUCAUUGAGGCAGCAGAUGAUAAGGAUGGAGACGGAAGGUGCGAGGGAGAAAAUACAGAAACUGAGAGAGAGAGUAGAGUAGAGAGGAUUUGGUCUAUUGGCCGGUGGAUUCAGACAUACCCUGAUCCAGACACAGAGGACAUCACUGAUUGGGUGCUGUGUUCAGUUCCUUGUGGUCAGUACAAGCAGCUGUUGUGUCUGGGAAGUGAGGAGCCUUCUUCCUGCACCGCCACAGACUGCCUGCUGGGGGUGCUGCUGUCCCAGGAAACAGAUGGUACAUUUGGCAUGAAAAUAUGAGCUGGUGCUCACUUAGGGC